AUGCCAAUCUUGGAGAAAGAGACGGCCACAGACCGAGACCGCCAAGUGUUGCCAAAGGUCCCUGUGCCACCACUGAAACAAACCCUCGACACAUACUUGAAGUGUGUCCAACACCUGGUGAAAGAGGAGCAGUUUAAGAAAACAAAGGCCAUCGUGGAGAAGUUUGGGGCUCCCGGAGGUGUGGGAGAGGUUCUCCAGAAAAAGCUUCUAGAGAGGAGGGACAAGACGACCAACUGGGUCUAUGACUACUGGCUGGAGGACAUGUACUUGAACAACAGGUUAGCUCUACCGGUCAACUCCAGUCCUGUCAUGGUGUUUCCGAAGCAGACAUUCAGAGAUCAUAAAGACGCCCUCAGAUUUGCAGGUCGUCUCAUCAGAGGAGUGCUGGACUAUAAGGCUCUCAUUGAUGCGCGAGCGCUGCCAGUGGAUUUUGCUCGAGGCCAGCUAGCUGGGACCCCUCUGUGCAUGGAGCAGUACUACCGCCUCUUCACCUCCUACCGCUACCCGGGGUUAAAGACAGACACACUGAAGGUCCAGAUGAAUGUAGCCUCCUCAGCGCCGGAGCACAUCAUCGUGGCGUGCAAGAACCAGUUUUUCGUGUUGGAUGUAGUCGCAAACAGCAAGCAGCUCAACGAGACGGAGAUCUUAUCCCAGCUGGAGAAAAUUUGGAAAAUGGCAGAAAAUGCUGAAGAGAGAUUCCCUCCCUUCGGUAUCCUGACAUCUGACGGGAGAACAGAAUGGGCACAAGCUAGAGAUGCACUAACAAAAGAUCAAACAAACAAGGACUCUCUUGCCCUGAUUGAGAGCUGUCUGUGUGUGGUGUGUCUGGAUGAGCCCAGUGGCCUGGGGCCUAGUGAUACCAACAGGGCUCUGCUGAUGCUGCAUGGUGGAGGCCGUGAGAAGAAUGGGGCAAACCGCUGGUACGACAAGUCAAUGCAGUUUGUUGUAGGAAUGGACGGGAUAUGUGGAGUUGUGUGCGAGCAUUCAGCAUUUGAGGGAAUAGUUCUUGUGCAGUGCUCUGAAUAUGUGAUGAAAUACAUAACAGGGAGUCCCUCCAAGAUGGCGAGAGCGUCCAGUAUCAGAGAGCUUCCCCCUCCGAGAAGGCUGCUCUGGAAAUGUAACCCACACAUGCAAGGACUCUUAGCAGCAUCCGGAGACAGACUCCAGAGGUUGGUGAAUAAUCUUGACAUGGACGUUUUCUACUUCAAAGUUUAUGGGAAAGAAUUUAUCAAAAAACAGAAGAUGAGUCCAGAUGCGUUUAUACAAGUUGCCUUACAACUUGCAUUUUACAAAUGCGGUGGAAGGCUCGUGUCCACUUACGAGAGUGCGUCCAUUCGGCGUUUCCAAGAUGGUCGGGUUGAUAACAUUCGCUCUGCCACCCCUGAGGCCCUGGCCUUUGUGAAAUCCAUGACUGAUGAGAGGGCCACUUUCACCGAUUCAGAAAAAAUUAAACGACUGAGGGAUGCAAUUAAUGCCCAGACAAAUUAUACAAUUGCAGCCAUUACAGGAAUGGCAAUAGACAAUCACCUCCUCGGGCUUCUGAGGAUCGCACAGGAGCUCAACAUGGAGAAGCCAGAGAUCUUCUGUGAUGUGACAUAUUUGACCAGUAACCAGUUCAUCCUCUCCACCAGUCAGGUCCCUACCACAGUGGAAAUGUUCUGCUGCUACGGCCCCGUGGUGCCCAACGGCUAUGGCGCCUGUUACAACCCGCAGUCAGAUCACAUCAUCUUCUGUGUGUCUAGUUUCUGGGAGACCACAGAGACGAGCUCAGCCGUUUUCGUCAAAGCCCUGAACGAGGGCCUGCUGGAAAUCAGGGACCUGUGCAAUAGAGGCAACGCUGCAGCUACCAAACUGGCUUGUAGCAGCCAGAGUGCUGGCCAGCCUCAUAAAUCAGGGAAGUAA